UAAUGCAGCAAGACAAUGCGGAACAAGUUAUAUUAGAUCCAAAACUGAUAGCUAAGCACUACCUGAGGACGUGGUUCUUCCUCGAUCUGAUUUCGUCCAUUCCUCUAGAUUAUAUAUUUUUAAUAUUCAAUCAAUUCCAGGAUUACGGCGACAGUUUCCAAAUCCUGCACGCAGGACGCGCAUUGCGCAUCCUGCGUCUCGCCAAGUUGUUGUCAUUGGUGCGGCUUCUUCGGCUGUCAAGGUUGGUGCGAUAUGUCAGCCAAUGGGAAGAGGUGUAUAUCUUGCAGAAUCUUCAAAAAAAGCGAACAGAACGGAGGGGGCGCCUCAGUUCGGACCUCAACAAGUUUAAAAGCACCAAAAGCAAUCUCAUCUUUAAGUUCCUGAAUAUGGCCAGCGUAUUUAUGAGGAUAUUCAAUUUGAUCUGCAUGAUGCUACUUAUCGGACACUGGUCAGGAUGUUUACAAUUUUUAGUUCCCAUGCUUCAAGGAUUCCCACCUAAUUCUUGGGUUGUGAUCAACGAAUUACAAGAAGCCUCCUGGCUGGAACAGUAUUCCUGGGCACUCUUUAAGGCGAUGUCCCAUAUGCUCUGCAUAGGAUACGGCAGGUUUCCACCACAGUCUCUGACGGAUAUGUGGCUAACGAUGCUUUCCAUGAUAUCAGGAGCGACUUGCUACGCCUUGUUUCUCGGCCACGCCACUAACCUUAUUCAGAGUUUGGAUUCUUCUAGGAGGCAGUAUCGCGAAAAGGUCAAGCAAGUCGAGGAGUAUAUGGCUUACCGCAAGUUGCCGCGAGAGAUGCGCCAGAGGAUCACCGAGUAUUUCGAGCAUCGCUACCAAGGCAAAUUCUUUGAUGAGGAGUGCAUCCUGGGGGAACUCUCGGAAAAGCUCCGCGAAGACGUCAUCAAUUACAACUGCAGGUCUUUGGUUGCUUCGGUGCCAUUCUUCGCCAAUGCAGAUUCCAACUUCGUGUCCGAUGUCGUUACUAAGUUGAAAUAUGAAGUCUUCCAACCUGGUGAUAUUAUUAUAAAGGAAGGAACGAUCGGUUCCAAAAUGUACUUCAUACAAGAGGGCAUUGUCGACAUAGUAAUGGCCAACGGAGAAGUAGCGACUAGCCUCAGUGACGGCUCCUAUUUCGGAGAAAUUUGCCUGCUGACCAACGCCAGAAGAGUGGCAUCCGUCAGAUCGGAAACGUACUGUAACCUCUUCUCUUUGUCCGUCGACCAUUUCAAUGCGGUACUAGAUCAAUACCCGUUGAUGCGUCGCACAAUGGAAUCGGUGGCCGCGGAGAGGUCAGUGCGUUGGCUAAACAAAAUAGGCAAAAAUCCAAAUCUAUUAGCGCACAGAGAAGAAGACCUAGGCAGCGAAAGCAAAACAAUAAAUGCUGUAGUAAACGCAUUGGCAGCAGAGGCAGAUCAUGUAAAUAUGUCGGACGAAUCUUUAGCCAGGCUGCACGCCAGUGACAGGAGCUUACAAGAAAUAGGCUGGAACUUGCAAAAACUCACCCUACCCAGACCCAAAUCUGAAAACAACUUCGCCUCGCAGGAGAUGUCUCUCACGAGAGUUGGCGAACACAACGGAAGGAUAUCCUUCCACAAAUCCGAUACUUUUCACAAGGAGUCGAGCCUACAAUGACGACACUCCACGCACUAGUGCUCAGUGUUGUCAGCUCAACUGUGUCAAAUGCCAGUGCUAACUGUCGCAACUGCUGCACUGGCAAUUCGCACAGACCACCAUUGAACUGACCAUACACUCGACUAGUGCGUGUGAGAGCAGCUUCGCUGUAGACGUCUUUUAUUGAAGCAAUAAGUGAGAGGACACUUUGCUAGAAUUGUGCAAUAUUAGAACUAACAGUUAAGUUUAGCUUUAAUAAUUUAGGUGCUCAACAAAUUUAUAUAUUGGAUAUAACAACCACACAAACCCGGUUUUUGGGUACUAUUCUCGAAUUUCUGCCUGACAUUUUUUUUAUGUG